AUGGCCCGCCUUGCAUUCGCUCUCACCGCGAUCUUUGCCGCGCGUUCCGCGCUUGCGGCACCCUUCGCCAGGGACAUCAUGAUUCUCGAGCGCGACACCACGCCCUCAUUCAACCUCACGCAGAACGCGCUCGACGCGCAAGCGCUCAACUCCAUCUUCGGCACUCUCAGUGUCAACUCGAGCUGCUCGGGCCAAUUCGAAAAUGACAUGGCUUGUGUGAGCAACAACGUUGCCGUCUGCCAGAAUGGCAAGUGGCAGACUCUCGACCAGUGCGGGCAGUUCCAGUGCCUGGCGCUCCCUGUUAUGGCCGGAAAUGGCACGACUAUCUCGUGUACAUCCGCAACUUUCGCCGAUGAGAUUUUCCAGCAGCUCGGUGUCGAAAGCGGCUUCAACUCGACGACUGCUGCAAAUAUAUCAGCCGUCGCGUUCCCGAUUCUGCCGUCCAAUACUACGGCGAAUGCCGCGAAUUCGACGACGUCCGGCGACGAUGCCGAAGGCGAUGAUGAGGACUGCGCUGGCGAUGAUGACGGAGAGGAUGCGACAUUCGCUCCCGCCGUUGUCACUCAGACAGUCAUUGUCACCGUUACCGCUACGCCCGCUUCCUCGCCCAGCACAAUCGUGUCGCAAGAGGCUGCCACGACCGUGGUCCUUUCCCAGGCGUCGGCAUCCGCGAUCAUCGCAUCGAUUGAGGCGAAUGGCGGUACGGUCGUCACGUCCGUGGCUCACAAGCACCACAAGACCGCCUCCACAGCAGCACCCACCUCGACGGAGGUCGCCGCAUCGACUGCGGUACCCACGGCUGUGGAAGCCUCAUCUUCGGCGACAAACGCGUCGGCGGCGCCGACGAAGUCGAUCCUCAUUCUCAACCCCGCAGCGAGUGCUAGCGCCACUGCAUAA